AUCGGAAACCGGAAAUUAGUGCAACGUAAAAAGAAAUCCCUUGCACCACUCGAAAAAUGACUAUCAUUUGUGUGGGUAUUGCUGUAGGACAAGUUACAGAGGAAGUGUGUGCUCCGGGACAUCAGCGAGUGUGCCAUCCGGAAGCGCUACUCUGGGCUGUGUGACAGCAAUACUCCAGCACUAUGCAGGAUCCAAAUGCAGACACUGAGUGGAAUGACAUUUUACGGAAAAAAGGCAUCCUUCCUCCUAAAGAGGAUCCAGAUAAAGAAAUCGAGGCACUGGAGGAGGAGAUCAUUCAGAACCAGCAGUCAGUUGUUAAAAGGUAUGAAGACAUGACUCUGGAUGAGCUAGAAGAGAAUGAGGAUGAAUUUGCUGAGGAAGAUGAAAGAGCCAUUGAGAUGUACAGGCAACAAAGACUAGCUGAAUGGAAGGCAAAACAGAUGAAAAAAGUAUUUGGAGAAGUUUUGGAAAUUUCUGGACCAGAAUAUGUACAGGAAGUAACUAAAGCUGGAGAGGGUCUGUGGGUAAUACUGCACCUUUACAAGCAAGGGAUACCUAUAUGUGCCUUGAUAAAUAGGCAUCUAAGUGAACUGGCAAAGAAGUUCCCAGAGACAAAAUUUAUUAAAGCUAUAUCCACAACCUGCAUACCCAACUAUCCAGAUAGGAACCUCCCAACGGUCUUUAUUUAUCGAGAUGGUGAUAUCAAGGUACAAUAUGUUGGACCCUUAGUAUUUGGAGGCAUGAAUUUAACGAAAGAUGAACUGGAAUGGAAGCUGUCACGUUCUGGUGCAAUCAAAACUGAACUGGAGGAAAACCCAAGACAACAAAUUGAAGACAGAAUGAUGUCAUCCAUCAGGACUAAUGCUCCAACAACGAACAGUGAUUCAGAAGAAGAUUAGUUGUUUAAGCGCUGUGGGAUAAAGUUUCUGAUGAGGGUGUUGUCAAGCAAUUCUGAUAUAAAGUGCACCCAAAAUUGUGCCUGUUUUUGUUCCAUGAGUGUGCAUACUGGUGAAUGCAGAAUCUGCAAAAUGAACCAGCAAAAUGAGGCAACACAUUAAAAGGGAAUUUAAAAUACAAAUUAACAAAUAUUAGAAAUGUUAAAGUCUGAUUUACUUAAUUACAGAAGAUUAGUUUAUCAUAAGAAAUAAGGACUUUAUAUCAUUCAACAGCAAAAUACUGCAGAUGCUGGAAAUCCAAAGUAAAAUCUGGAAAUGCAGAUAAAUUGGGGAACAUCUGUGGAGAGAGAGAUGGGUCAUGUUUCGGGUCAAUAACUGUCCAGUAGAACUGGGAAAAGUUAGAAAUGAAGCAAAUUUUAAGUUGCAAAAAAAGUGGAGAGAGAACAAAAGGGAGGCUCUGAGAUGGGAUGGAGGCCAGGAGAGUUACCAAUAUUGCUGCUGCCCAGCUGAGAGACAGUUGUAAAGGUGCAUGAGAAACAAAGUGUGAGUCUGAAGGAAGUGAAUGAAAUCUACAGUUACCAGAAGACAGAAAUAAAUUCUUCUGAGCAGAUUUUUUUUUCCCCUCUUCCUCUGGUAAUUUCAGAUUUCUCCAGCCACAUUUGUUAUUUGAGAGCCUUUACCACUGUCUCAGCUGGCAACACCACCACUUACAUUGCUCAUUCUCUUUGGGUCCCCACCAUAUCGCAGACCUUCCCCUUCAUUCUCCCUCAUUUCUGUGCAAUUUAUUCCAAACUUCUCACAGUUCUGAUGACUGGUCAUUAAUCAAAUACAUUAACCAGCUUUCUCUCUCCACAGAUGUUGCCUAACCUGUUUAGUGUUUGUAAUUUCAUAUCAUUGUCAAUUCAGCACUUGCUGAGUAACCUGUUUAAAAUACUGAUGAUGACUUUUUAAAAAAAGUUUUCUAGUUGGAUUGAGCCAUAGCAAUGAGUUUCCUGGUAAAUAUAAAAAUUGCAUUCAGAAAGCUUGGCUAUUAAUGUGUUCGCAUACAUUAAAUCAGCUUAAUUUAUUCA